AUGGUAGAUCACGAAAACCUUGAUCAUGAAAAUCAAGAUCAAGAUGAUAUCGUUGAAGAAAUUCAAUUAGAUAAUAAUAAUAAUCAAAAUCAAAAUAAUAAUAAUAAUAAUAACAACACUGAAAAUUAUAAUACUCCACAUGUUGAAGAAGAAAAUCAAGAUGGAGAAGUAAAUGUUGAAAAGGGUGUUAGAGAAUUCAAAAAGAUGGCUGCCCAUUUGGAAAUGGAAAGCGAAAGAUUAAGAUUAGAGGAUGGAGAUGUUGAAGGUCGGCCAGCCGAAACUGAAGAAGAUUUUAAACUUCGAAACUAUUUCGAAGACUCUCAAAGACAAUUGGCAUCAAAUGGUGCAAAGGCAAAGAAAAUGGGUGUUAGUAUUCGUGACUUGACCGUAGUUGGAAGAGGUGCUGAUGCUUCAAUUAUUCCAGAUAUGUUGACUCCACUUAAAUGGUUUUUUAAUUUAUUUAAUCCAUAUUCUUGGUAUGAGAAAAUGGUACAACAUUUGAUAAUUCUUCAUAAUAUAAAUGCAUUUGUAAAGGAUGGUGAAAUGUUGUUGGUUUUGGGUAGACCUGGAAGUGGUUGUAGUACAUUACUUAGACUUGUAUCAAAUCAACGUGAAUCUUAUGUUGCCAUCAAGGGUGAUGUUUCAUAUGGUGGUUUACCAUCAAAGAAAUGGUCCAAGUAUAGAGGUGAAGCUAUUUAUACUCCAGAGGAAGAUUGUCAUCAUCCAACAUUGACUGUUAGAGAAACACUUGACUUUACAUUAAAGUGUAAGACACCAGGCCAACGUUUACCAGAUGAAACUAAACGUACAUUCCGUGACAAGAUUUUCAAUCUUUUACUCAAUAUGUUUGGUAUCGUACAUCAAGCCGAUACAAUGGUUGGUAAUGAAUGGGUUCGUGGUUUAUCAGGUGGUGAACGUAAACGUAUGACCAUCACUGAAGCUAUGGUUUCCGCCGCUCCCAUUACAUGUUGGGAUUGUUCUACUCGUGGUUUGGAUGCUGCUUCUGCACUCGAUUAUGCCAAAUCACUUCGUAUCAUGUCUGAUACACUCGACAAGACCACUAUCGCUUCGUUCUACCAAGCAUCCGAUUCAAUCUAUCAUCAAUUUGACAAUGUAUUGGUAUUGGAAAAGGGUAGAUGUAUCUAUUUCGGUCCAAUUGGUGAAGCCAAACAAUACUUUUUGGAUAUGGGUUUUGAAUGUGAACCAAGAAAAUCGGUAGCUGAUUUCUUGACUGGUGUCACCAAUCCACAAGAAAGAAAGAUCUCUGAAAACUACUCUGGUGUACCACCACCAGAAACCUCUGCCGACUUUGAAGCUCGUUGGUUACAAUCCCCACAAUACCAACGUUCCAGCCAACAACACAAGGAAUUUGAAGAACAACUCGAACGUGAACAACCACAUGUUGCCUUUGCCGAACAAGUCAUUGCUGAAAAGUCCCGUACCACAUCCAACAGCAAGCCAUACGUCACUUCAUUUGUCACUCAAGUCAUGGCAUUGACCGUCCGUCAUUUCCAAUUGAUUGGUAAUGACAAGUUUGGUAUUUGCUCUCGUUACAUUUCCUUGAUUAUCCAAUCAUUCAUCUAUGGAUCCAUCUUUUUCCAAGUAAAGGGUGAUCUCAAUGGUCUGUUUACCAGAGGUGGUGCCAUCUUUGCCAGUCUUUUGUUGAACGCUUUCCUUUCACAGGGAGAGUUGCCAAUGACUUUCUUUGGUCGUCGUAUCCUCCAAAAGCACAGAUCCUACGCCUUGUACCGUCCAUCGGCCUUCCACAUUGCCCAAGUCAUCUCGGAUAUCCCCAUUCUCGUCGUCCAAGUAUUCCUCUACUCGAUCAUUGCCUAUUUCAUGUUUGGUCUGCAAUACUCGGCCGAUCAAUUCUUUAUUUUCUGUUUUACUUUGAUCGGUACCGCUCUUGCUCUCACCAACUUGUUCCGUCUGUUUGGUAAUUUCUGCUCGUCGCUCUAUAUUGCCCAAAACAUCAUGUCUGUCUAUCUCAUCUUUAUGUUGACCUUUGGUGGUUACAUUAUCCCCUACCCCAAGAUCCAAGAAGUGCCAUGGUUUGGUUGGUUCUUUUGGAUCAAUCCAGUCGCCUAUGCUUUCAAGGCUUUGAUGGCCAACGAAUUUAGAGACACCACAUUUGACUGUACCAGCAGUGCCAUCCCAGCCGGUCCAGGGUACACUGAUCCAGCCUACCGUGUCUGUCCCAUUCCAGGUGGUUCACCAGGUCAAAUGUCCAUCACUGGUGAAGCCUAUCUCGACUAUGCCCUCGGUUUCAAGAUUGAUGACCGUGCUCUCAACGUUUGCGUCGUCUACCUCUGGUGGUUACUCUUUACCGCCAUGAACAUGUGGGCCAUGGAAAAGUUUGAUUGGACAUCUGGAGGUUACACUCACAAGGUCUACAAGCCAGGAAAAGCUCCCAAGAUCAAUGAUGCCGAAGAUGAACUCAAACAAAUCCGUAUGGUUCAAGAAGCUACUGCCAAGAUCAAGGAUACCCUCAAGAUGCCAGGUGGUGAAUUCUCAUGGCAAAAUAUCAAAUACACUGUUCCACUUCCAGACAAGACUCAAAAGCUCCUCUUAGACGAUGUUGAGGGUUGGAUUAAACCAGGUCAAAUGACUGCCUUGAUGGGUAGUUCAGGUGCCGGUAAAACUACACUUCUCGAUGUUUUGGCCAAACGUAAGACAUUGGGUACUGUUCAAGGUACAUCUCUAUUGAAUGGUAAACCAUUGGACAUUGAUUUCGAACGUAUUACUGGUUAUGUCGAACAAAUGGAUGUCCAUAACCCACAUUUAACCGUUCGUGAAGCACUCCGUUUCUCUGCCAAGAUGCGUCAAGAACCAUCAGUAUCUUUGGAAGAAAAGUUUAGCUAUGUCGAACACGUACUUGAAAUGAUGGAAAUGAAACAUCUUGGUGAUGCUCUUAUCGGUUCUUUGGAAUCUGGUGUUGGUAUCUCUGUUGAAGAACGUAAACGUCUUACUAUUGGUCUUGAACUCGUUGCCAAGCCACAUAUUCUCUUUUUGGAUGAACCUACUAGUGGUUUAGAUUCACAGUCGUCAUACAAUAUCAUCAAAUUCAUUCGUAAGCUUGCUGAUGCUGGUAUGCCAUUGGUCUGCACCAUCCAUCAACCAUCAUCUGUCUUGUUUGAAUACUUUGACCGUCUCUUGCUUUUAGCAAAGGGUGGUAAGACUGCCUACUUUGGUGAUAUUGGUGAAAACAGCAAGACCUUGACAUCUUAUUUUGAACGUCAUGGUGUCCGUGCUUGUAUUCCAUCUGAGAAUCCAGCCGAAUACAUGCUCGAAGCUAUUGGUGCUGGUGUCCAUGGAAAGACCGAUAUUGACUGGCCAGCUGCCUGGAAAUCCUCUCCAGAAUGCGCCGACAUUACCAAACAACUCAAUGAAAUGAGAGAUAGCUCUGCCAACAUUGUCGAAAACAAAGAACCAGCCCGUGAAUUUGCCACUAGCACCAUGUACCAACUUUGGGAAGUCUACAAACGUAUGAACAUUAUCUGGUGGCGUGAUCCAUACUACUCGUUUGGUCGUUUCUUCCAAUCUGUCCUCACUGGUCUCGUACUCGGUUUCUCCUUUUACAAUAUCCAAAGUUCUUCGUCGGAUAUGCUUCAACGUGUCUUUUUCAUCUUCCAAGCCAUCUUCCUUGCUAUCAUGCUCAUCUUUAUUGCUCUCCCACAAUUCUUCCUUCAAAGAGAGUAUUUCAGACGUGACUAUUCAUCCAAGUACUAUUCAUGGGGACCAUUUGCCUUGUCCAUCGUCGUUGUAGAGUUGCCAUACAUUAUCAUCACCAAUACUAUCUUCUUCUUCUGUGCCUACUGGACAGUCGGACUCCAAUUCGAUGCCGACAGUGGAUUCUACUUUUGGUUGAUGGGAAAUGUCUUCCUUUUCUUCUCUGUUUCUUUUGGUCAAGUCAUUGCUGCCAUCUGUGCCAACAUGUUCUUUGCCAUGAUCAUCGUGCCAUUGCUCAUCGUCUUCCUCUUCCUUUUUUCUGGAGUUAUGGUGAUACCAAAAGAUAUCCCAACGUUCUGGAGAUACUUUGUAUACCCGCUCAAUCCAGCCAGAUACUACCUCGAAGGUAUUGUCACCAACAUUCUCAAGGACGUCAAGGUAAAAUGUACCGAUACCGAUCUCCUCAAAUUCAACGCACCACCAGGACAAACCUGCGGCGAGUAUGCCAAAGCCUUUACCGAUCUUGCUCCAGGUUACCUUGACAAUCCCAAUGACACUGCCAACUGUGGUUACUGUACCUUUGACGAAGGUGCCGAAUAUUAUGAUACCUUGGAAUGGUCUGCCGAUAAUCGUUGGAGAAACUUUGGAAUCAUCGUCUGUUUCUGGGUUUUCAAUACUCUCCUCGUCAUUGCCUUUGUUUAUUUGACUAGACGUGCCAACAGAUAA